GAUUAUGCUACCCCACAUACACGUGCCUCGAUGGGUAGCAUUUCGCAAUAGUGUUUCUACGAAAUUUUAAAUAUAUCGUAGAUUUUAUUAAUACCAAUUCUGACCUGAAAAUCAUCUAUUUUUCAGUUACAUUUAAGGUACAAAUAUAUACACAUGUGUAUACAUAUCAAUUUCCUUACACUAUUCAAUGGUAAAUUAUGAUCAUAACAAUUUAUAGGUUAUGUUUUUGUAGGAAGCACAACAAUUAGUCGAUUUAUCUCCUCUAGAAUGACUUCGAAAAUAAAAGACAGUGGAAGGAAAAGUCUUUCGGUAUGGGUCACAUGCGAAAAAUGCGAAUGCACGUUGACGCAGAAAUGCAUAGCCGAACAUGAUGGCAAUUGUCCGCCAAAUUUAGAAAAAUGGAGCCACGAUUUUAUUUACAGUGGUACCUUGUACAGCACUGUAGAAAUAUAUAAACCACAAGAACUGCCAAAGAACAUUUCUCAAAGGGCAUCAGAUGAUAUGGUGUUUAUAUCGCAAUCUGCAUUGCAACUAUGCGAAAUUGCAAUAGGGGAUCCUGUUCUGGUCAGUACAGAAGGAGGUACAGUAGUUAAAACCAUCUGGCCAACUAAAGACAAAUCGCUCGCAAGCGUUUCAUUGACCAAACAUGCCAUGGAACUGAACGAUCUGCAGGGUCUUGUUAAAAUUCAGAAAAUGAGCUGUCCUGUUUCCGUUGCUAAAGAGUUCAUAAUUUCUUACACGGGAAGGCAUUCGCUACCAGAAGCAAGUACAGAGCUUAAUAUAAUAUUGAAGAAUCAUAAUGAGCACAAAAUAUUCUUUGUUGGAAAUAAAUUCAGUAUACCCUUUUAUGGUAAAAGAUUGACUUAUCAGAUUCUACAAGUUACAUCCGAUGAAAGUACAGAUAGUAUAUCAGAACAACUUAAACAAUUAAAUUUAACGUCAGAUCAUACGUACAGCAUUAAACUUUACAAAGCACUUUAUAAUACAAAGUGGACGAUUCUAAACGAAAAAGAGGAGAAGAGAGAUGAGCCUAAAAAACAGAAAUGCAAAAUAGAAGAUGUUGGGGGGUACAACAAUCUAAUAGAAGACAUUAAAGAUGUUCUAAAUAUUGGUUUGGGUAGAUGUAAAAGCAUUGGGGAUUUUUAUAUUAGCAAAGGAAUAUUAUUAUAUGGUACUGCCGGUGUUGGUAAAUCUAUCAUUGCGAAUGCUCUAAUAUCUGAAUAUGAUCUCAACUGUUUUACUGUUUACAGUUCAGAUAUUUAUAGUAAAUCUCUCGGAGAAACAGAACAGAAAUUGAAGGAUAUCUUCAUGGAAGCCAAAACUAAAGCUCCCAGCAUAAUUUUAAUAGAAGAGAUCGAUAGCUUGUGUCCUAAGAGGAGUAGUUCGAGUACUGAUCACGAGAGAAGGGUUCUCUCGCAACUGGUAGCACUUUUCGACGAUAUACAGAACGCGAAUGAUAACGUUGUAAUAUUGGGAACGACUUCUAAACUUGAUCUAGUGGAUAGUUCUCUUAGAAGACCUGGUAGAAUAGACAAGGAAUUCGAAAUCUAUGUGCCCACGCCAACUAUGCGAAGGGAAAUAUUAGAGAAAAUGUUAUUAAAAAUUCCACACACUUUGUUAAACGAAGACGUCAGGAACAUAGCAUUUGUUACUCAUGGAUAUGUUGGCGCAGACUUGUACGGUCUUUGCUCCCAGGCAGUCUUAAACGCUGUGAAACGCCAACAAAAAGCGAACGUGUCCUUCGAAACGUUCACAGAAAUAACGCUACCAGACUUCAAUCUUGCUCUGAAUGUGAUAAAACCAUCAGCCAUGAAGGAAGUCUUGAUAGAAGUGCCCAAUGUUAGAUGGUCGGACAUAGGAGGGCAGAAAGAUUUGAAAUUAAAGUUGAAACAAGCGGUCGAAUGGCCACUACGACACCCCGAAGCGUUUCAGAGAAUGGGCAUCACUCCGACUAGAGGUGUUCUAAUGUUUGGGCCACCUGGUUGCUCUAAGACGAUGAUCGCAAAAGCCCUAGCAACAGAGAGCGAUGUCAAUUUCUUAAAUAUAAAGGGUCCAGAAUUAUUUUCAAAAUGGGUGGGCGAGUCUGAGAAAGCCGUGAGGGAGGUAUUUAGGAAAGCCAGGCAGGUGUCGCCUUCGAUAGUGUUUAUCGAUGAAAUUGAUGCGCUAGGGAGUGAGAGAAGUUCCUCUUCUAAUAGUGGAAGCAACGUGCAAGAACGGGUUUUGGCACAGUUGCUGACAGAACUAGAUGGAGUCACUGCGUUGGGAAGCGUCACGUUGGUUGCCGCUACCAACAGGCCCGAUAAGAUCGACAAAGCACUCCUCCGACCGGGUCGGUUGGAUCGCAUAAUCUAUGUACCAUUACCCGACAACGAAACUAGACAGGAGAUAUUUGAUAUAAAGCUGAGGAAAAUGCCGAUCAGCGAUAGCGUGAAAAUACAAGAUCUAGUCGAAAUCACGGAAGGAUAUUCUGGGGCAGAAAUCCAAGCUAUAUGCCACGAAGCAGCCAUGAAAGCGCUCGAGGAGAAUUUAAACGCUGCCAUAAUCACCAGAGAACAUUUCAAAGCCGCGUUAGCAAUUGUCACUCCUCGAACUCCGCCGUCCUUAAUCAAUUUAUACAACAGCUACUUACAUAAAAAUUAUUAACUGCGAAUUUGUCUGUAUUCGCUCAUCGAACUAUCGUUCCAUUAUUUUAUACAAACUUCGUGCUUCAACUUCAAAUGACAUUUUGAUUCGUUUCACAUCAGCAAAAUUUCCAGUAAAUUUUUACAAUAUAAUAAACUAAAAAUGUCCGUGAUUGUAAAGUGCGAUCGUCCUUACGGUAAAAAAGAACUAAGAAGGAUGAUCGAGAGGUGCUGUUUUUAUUAUGUGGAUAUAAGAUACUAAAUAUUAUUAUCUAAUUAUCUUACAAUGCUGCUUAGGGGUAAUGAUUAGACUAUGGAUUUUUGUGCAUUUAUGAUCAAAAUUAGUUAGUUUCUAAAUCACAAAAAUCCGGAGUUUCUAUUAAUAAUAUUUGAUAUCCACCCUUUUCUAUUGAAUACCCUUAAUUGAUAGAGCAUUUGUUUCAGUUGUGGUUGUUGUCCCCCGCUGGAACCGCAAUGUCCACCGUGUCCCCCAUCGUGUGAGUCCAUAAUAUGUUGUCCACCAUGCCCUACAACACGUUGUUCACCGCCUACGGUCUGCUGUCCCCCAUCUGGUUGCCCUGCACUUUGCUGUCCUGUACCUUGCUCUCCUCCCCUACCCUGCCCACCACGACCUUUUAUUUGUCCACCUUGCUGUUGUUAUCCAUGCGUCACCUGUGCGUCUAUACCUAAACCAGUGCCCGCACCUCCUGAUCAUGGACCCGUCAUAAGAACACGUGUCACCACCGGCGGGCUUUACUACACAGGAACCAUCAAAUGCUAUCCUUGCUCACCUUGCCCUCCAUCUGUUUGCUGUCUCUAAUUGCCCCUCUAUCUGCCCGUUUUCCCAGUCAUAAUUCUUUUAUAACAAUGAAAUAUUCUGAAAUAUUAGCAGUCUUUAAAUUACUGUAAUUAAGUGAAGAAAAAUGGUAUUCCACUUUCGUAUUCUUAAAUUGUAUUUUUGUAAAAAAAACUUCGUAUACUGAAAAAUUACAAAAAAACUAAACACUGCACUGUAUUAUACAUUUGUGUAACUGAAAUAGCGAUGGUACAAUCAUGAAGAUUAUAAUGAUACAAUAAACACACUGUGCUCCAAAAUUAAAAGACA